GGGGGGCAAAAUAGUAAAGAGCUAUGUUCAAAAUUUUUGCUUGAAAAUAUCCAUGUACCGAAACAAAAAGAAAAAUAGUACUAGCAUCGAAAGAAAAAAAAUGAUUUGCUAUAGAGAAGAAGAAAAACGAAACGCUACAGGAAGUAGUCCAAUCCACGUGGUUGGGAAAAAAAAGAGACAACGCUGUUUGGGUGUUUAAAUUUCUAUGUCACUAUCUCUGUCCAAGUCUACUACAUAUAUAAGCAAUCCUAGGUUGAAGUUAAGCAAUGGUAGUUUGAUUUUUGCAUCGAGACUUGAAAGAUUUUGUGUUUGAGAGAAAAGAGAAAGAAAGCAGAAAGACAAGGAGAACUGAAAUCAAAAUCCAACACCCAACGGAGAAAAUUCUCAAGAAUCCUCCUCUUCUUCCCCGUUUAACCCAACCCCCCUAUCUUUUUUUCCCAUUUGUAUACAAUUCAAGAAAUCAGUGCCCCUUGUUGUCGGAUGGGUGUUGUUUUUUCCAGCCCAUUUACUAAAUGCAAUGAUGUGGAAAAUGGCUUAGAAUCUGUCACUGUGAAAUCCAUUAGUUUUGGAGAUGUUGGAGUCAAAACACUUGUUAGAUCUAUCAAUUUCAAAAGUUUAGAUUCAGAGCCGGCAAUAUUAAAAUCAGUAGGCUCUGGAAAGAUGAUAUUGGAGACAUCUGUUAGCUUUAAAGGGAGAGAUUUGGAGAGACUGCUUUCAGCUAAGUCCCCUUCAUCAGAUAAAACAGAGAAUUUGCCCAUUAAAGCUGUCAGUUUAAAGAGCAAAGCAAUGGAUAUUCAAUCCCAAAAACCAGAUACUUUCAUAGAGACUCCAAUACAAUCACCAGUUUUAGAUCCCAGCAAUCCACAACAUGAGGCAGCAGUAAGAUUGCAAAAAGUUUACAAGAGCUUUAGAACAAGGAGAAAGCUAGCAGAUUGUGCAGUUCUUGUCGAGCAGAGCUGUUGGAAGCUCUUAGAUUUUGCUGAACUGAAGAGGAGUUCUAUAUCGUUCUUUGAUAUAGAUAAACAUGAAACUGCUAUUUCGCGUUGGUCAAGGGCUAGAACUAGGGCUGCCAAGGUUGGAAAAGGUUUAUCAAAGAAUGAUAAAGCUCAAAAGCUUGCUUUGCAACACUGGCUUGAGGCAAUUGAUCCAAGGCAUCGCUAUGGACACAAUUUACACUUUUAUUAUAAUCAAUGGCUUCAUUCUCAGAGUCAAGAACCCUUUUUUUACUGGCUGGAUAUUGGAGAAGGGAAAGAAGUAAAUAUAGAAAAAUGUCCUAGAUCAAAGCUUCAACAGCAGUGCAUCAAAUACCUCGGUCCGAUGGAAAGGAUGCCCUACGAAGUAAUUGUGGUAGAUGGAAAGUUCAUAUACAAGCAAACAGGAAAGCUUCUCCAUACUAUUGAUGGAAUUGGCAAUGCUAAGUGGAUUUUUGUCCUUAGCGCAUCAAAGAUCUUGUAUGUUGGGAGGAAGAAGAAGGGUACAUUUCAACAUUCUAGCUUCUUGGCUGGAGGUGCCACUAUUGCUGCUGGAAGAUUAGUUGUUGAUAGUGGUGUCCCUAAAGCAGUUUGGCCUCACAGUGGUCAUUAUCGUCCUACAGAAGAAAAUUUUAAUGACUUCAUUUUAUUUCUAAGGGAGAACAAUGUGGAUAUUACAAAUGUCAAGAUGACUCCGGUGGAUGAGGAAGAAAACUUGGUUGGCAAACAAAGAAGUAGUAACCAUCUUAGACGCAACUCAUCUGAAGAGGACUUUAUCUUAGAGGCUGAAGAGAUCAGUGUCAAAGACUCGAUCAAAAAGGUAGUUGAUUCUAGGGAACAAGAAACUAGUGCAACCCCUGAACACCCUAAGUCAAGGAGGCUCCAAAGCCUAAGAACAAAACUGACUAAUCUUGAAAUACCAAAAAGAACCGAACUGUUUGAGAUGUCAAAUGGUGACCAUGGAGCCGAUGUGCCAAGUUGCAAUGACAAUUUGAUGGAUUCUUCUUUGGAGUAUGGGUAUGAGACAGAAAAAGAAGCCAAUGCUUCAAAACUGGAUUCAAUGGUUCCAAAAGAAAAGAUUGAUGAAAAUCAUGUAGACAAUGAGGUAGAAGACAUUCCUGAUGAAUCGAUCCUUCAAAGGAUUAACUCUAAAAAGGUAAUGAAAUCAUAUCAACUAGGGAGGCAGUUGUCAAGCCCGUGGACUACAGGAGCAGGACCCCGGAUUGGUUGUGUAAGGGACUACCCCUCAGAACUCCAAUUCCGUGCUUUGGAGCAAGUGAACUUGUCUCCAAGAAAUGCUAGCUACUCAAAAUCAUACUUUUCUCCUCGGUCUACAAGUAGCCUGAGUCCAAAAGUUUCCACACCAGCAGUUGCUAGUGAAGAAAUGAGAACCCUAAGUUUACCUGUGCUCAAGGAAAAUUUAUUGCAGAGAAGCAUCCAUUCCAGAAUGCAGUGCCCCCCAAUAUUAAAAUGAACACUUGUAGCUGACAUACCAGAGUCAAGAGUACAUUCCCAGUUAGUUCAUUCUUUUAGUGUGAAUAGAGAAGAAGAUAUAGGACUUCUUUAUCACUCUUUUGAAAUCAGAUUCUUACGUACACAUUUUUUGAUUUGUUCAUCUUGUAUCAUAAGAUGACAUGAUAAUUGUAGGAAUUUUGUGUUUAAUGCCCUUUUAGUACAAAAGGAAAAGAAUUUACUUUUUUGGCAAGUAGCUUUAAAGUUGUAAGUUUCAUUGGAUUUUCA